GUUGGUAGGUUUAAAUAGUCACCCUAUUUAUGAGUAAGUGAAAGAAAAGUGCUCCAUUCACUGCACAAACACUAAAACCUUAAAGCAUUUCACCAGUGAAAGAAAGAAACAAAGAGUGUCUCUUUGCAAUGGCUCCAAAGCUUGAUGGUGAUGUGGAGGAUGGUGGAACUGGUCUUGGAACUAAACCUAUUUGAACAACACCUUCAUCUUCCUUCUUCAAAAUUCUUGCAUAAGAAGCAAAAGAGAGAAAGAUGGUUUUUUCUGAAGUAGCAUACUUUUAAUUUGUUGUGUUCUUUUAGGUGGAGUUACUUCAAUUGGUGUUUAGAGUAAUGAUGUUUCAUGGCUUAUGUGGGUCUAACAACUUCAAAGGUUCAUUAGAAAUGAUCUGGUUAUUGAAGCCCUUUUGUCAAUGGCAAAUGUGAUCCUAAUUUUCCUUCUUGGUGUGAAUCAAGGAGCAGAAAAUAUUUCUGUUGAAUGGCUACGAAUUCCUGAUUACAAAAAAUGUCUUGGUUCUAGAUAUUAGUCAUUCUCCCUUGGUACCAAAUAAACCUGAUUGAGAGUUUUAAGCUUUGUAGUGGAAAAGUUAAAUUUUAUUCCUUUCUGUAUAUUCAUGUAUGUUGAAGAUUCUUAUGUGUUGGACAAAUCUCCUUUGGCAAAAGUUACUGAACUUCCUAUGGGGUUGGAUUCAGAUAGUAAGUAUAUGAGAAACAUUGUUUUCCCUUAUGUUAAAGUAUUAUCAUUCAGAAGUAACUCUAAGAACUCCACCCUAUUCUGGAGGCAAAUCUCCUUUGGCAUUUAUUAAUUAUCUUGUUUUGCCUUAUCUAGCACUAGAAAUUUUCCUUCCAGCAAGUUACCCCUCGAAACGGGAAAAAAAAUUCGUCUGAUAGUGGUAGCUACUAGCUAGUUAAUAUUUGUUGUUGGAAGAAUUUAUUUCUGUAAAAACUCCAUCCAAAAUUGGGCACAUCUCCUUUGGCAUUUUGGAGUCAUUUUAUUGAUUCCUAUUAUCCAGGCGGCAAAUCUUCUUUGGCAUCAGAUCUCCGGUUUCAUUUGUCAAGAUAAUCUUGUGGAGAUACUGAUUAUCUGUGACAAAAGGCUUUAUCAAUCAGAAACAUAUGUUUUUGUUAUGCACAAUUAUCCAUUGAAGCCAUUAUCAACAUACUUGUGAUCACAGUAAGACACUGAGGUUUGACGCUCUAAUUUUCUUGAGAAGGAAUAUAAUUAAUGGAUGCUAUCACUAGUGAUUCGGAAUGGGAGACUUCGAGUGACAGCAGCAGCAGUGAGGAUCAAGAGGAAAUUGAUUUUCUAUAUGGUGGGAAAGCUCAGAGCAUAUUUUCAAGUUUAGAGGAAAGCAUUGGGAAGAUUGAUGAUUUUCUCUCAUUUGAGAGAGCUUUUGUUCAUGGCGAUGUGGUCCGCUCCUUGUCAGAUCCAACCGGACAAAUGGGAAGGGUCACAAGUGUUGAUCUGUUUGUGGAUUUGGAAAAUGUGAAAGGAAAAGUAUUAAAAAAUGUAAACUCGAAGAAACUUCUGAAGAUUCGCUCCAUUUCAGAAAGUGAUUAUGUGAUUAAGGGGCCAUGGCUCGGUCAGGUUCAAAGAGUCGUGGACAAAGUGAGUGUAUUGUUCGAUGAUGGAGGUAAAUCUGAUAUUAUUGCAUUGGAAAGAGAUAAGCUUUUACCACUGAAUAAUAAAUUUUCGGAAGAUUCCCAGUAUCCAUACUAUCCCGGUCAGAGAGUUAAGGUUAAGUCUUCCGGUGCGUCUAAAUCCGCAGGAUGGCUAUGUGGAACUUGGAGAGACAAUCAAGAUGAAGGAACUGUUUGUGCUGUAGAUGCAGGUUUGGUGUAUGUUAACUGGCUUGCUUCUGUUCUGGUCAGUAGUAAUUCGAAUGCGAAUGCUCCACCAUGCUGGCAAGAUUCCAUAAACUUGGCCGCGUUGUCGUGUUUUUCGCAAGCAAACUGGCAGCUUGGUGACUGGUGCAUGCUCUCAGCUGCAGACCAAGAAGAACAGAUUAUCCAACAUGCACCCACUGGAAGUCUUACUAUAGAGCAUAGUAUGAUAAGAGAGUGUAAGAGUCGGGGAAGAAACCUUAAUUCUUAUAUUGAGGAGUUGUAUAUAAUUGGGAAGAUAAAGACUAAAGUUGAUAUUCUGUGGCAGAAUGGUGAACAUACUUUGGGAUUGGAUCCAGAGAAUUUACUCCCGGUGAAUGUUGUAAACACACAUGAAUUUUGGCCUCAUCAGUUUGUGCUGGAAAAAGGUGCUUCUUAUGAUCCUGUUAAGCCUAGCAGUCAAAGAUGGGGUGUUGUCCAAUGUGUGGAUGCAAAGGAGCAUACUGUGAAGGUACAAUGGAAAGCUGUUUCCAUAUCCAAACCAAAUAAUGAUUUGGAUGGAGACAAAAUGGAGGAAACUGUGAGUGCCUAUGAACUUGUAGAGCACCCAGACUACUCCUGUUUUUUCGGUGAUAUUAUGUUCAAGGCGGCUCAAAAACAGUUUGGUUACCAAGCUGUUAAAGAAAAAGAAAAAUCUCCGAAUAACUCGAAAUUGGAGGCUGCUCUUAAAAAUGGGAACCAAAUGAGUUUUCAGGAGGAUGACUGUUACCUGUGCUGUGUUGGCACUGUUACUGGUUUCAAUGAUGGUGAUGUGGAGGUGAAAUUGGCUACUGGUUUCACAACUAAGGUUGCGCCCUAUGACAUUUUUCGAAUUGAUAAGCAUGAAGGCUCAACUGUUACUCCUGUUCCUCGUGAAGGAAGUGUUGCGGAAUUAACUCAAGCGAUGAUUGAACGUGGAAGUCUACAUUCUGACAAGGGAAAGGACUUGUUAAAUGGUGAUAGUAGAAAAGAGAAUUUUGAAAAGAAUCUUGAGGACUGUAGUUCCUUUUUCCUUCCUCAAGCCGCCUUGGAACUUUUCUCCAGUAUUAAAUCCAGCAUAUUCCAAACACUCAGUGGAACUUCAAUUUCAGGAGCAGUUUCCUCAGUAUCUACAUUUGAUAAGGAUAGUGAAUCUGAAUUUCUUGUUAAGAAAAACUUGCAAACUUGCAACCGCUGCAUUGAACCAUAUCCAACGACCGAGUUUCAAUCUACUGAAGACAGGACUUCAUAUCCAGAAGUCAAUAGGAUCCAUGACAAUAACGAUUGUCCAUUUUCUUUAGACAGCAACAGUUCAAACCAGUUUAAGCAGUUUGAUGUUAUAGAAAGUUGCUCUGACCAUCAUUUUUUUGAUGAGGGAAAAGGAUUGUCAACAUCCCAGGUAAAAAGAGGUUGGGUAAAAAAGGUUCAGCAAGAAUGGAGCAUCCUUGAGAAAAGUCUUCCUGACUCUAUCUAUGUUCGUGCGUUUGAAGAACGAAUGGAUCUCAUGCGAGCAGCUAUUGUUGGUGCAUCUGGAACUCCGUAUCAUGAUGGAUUGUUUAUCUUUGAUAUAUGUUUCCCUCCAGAGUAUCCCAAUGAACCACCUAUGGUGUACUACAAUUCUGGCGGGCUCCGCUUAAAUCCUAAUCUGUAUGAGUCGGGGAAAAUUUGCCUGAGUCUCCUAAAUACUUGGACAGGUGCGGGCACUGAAGUGUGGAAUCCUGGAACCUCCACUAUUCUUCAAGUUCUUCUAUCUCUGCAGGCUCUUGUCCUAAAUGAGAAGCCUUAUUUUAAUGAGGCUGGAUAUGACCAACAAAUAGGCAGAGCUGAGGGAGAGAGAAACUCUGUGAGCUAUAAUGAAAAUACUUUCCUUGUCACAAUCAAAUCGAUGCUGUAUCUAUUGAGAAAGCCACCCAAGAAUUUUGAGGCACUGGUGGAAGAGCACUUCAAAAAGCGCUCCAAACAUAUACUUUUUGCUUGUAAGGCAUAUCUUGAAGGAGCCUCCAUUGGAUGUGGAAAAACCGAACAUGAAAAUCAGAAGGGGACUUCUACAGGAUUCAAAAUAAUGCUUGCGAAGCUCUUUCCCAAGCUUGUAGAGGUCUUUUCUGAUAUGGGAAUUAAUUUCAGUCAGUUUGUUGAACUGGAAGAAUAACUUACCUACUAAACUGAAAGUAACUUUCAUAUUUCCCGACCAAUAUACUCCAUAUUUAUGUGUAAUAUUGAAUGUUUUACGCGCAUCUGUAUCAUAUCAAUUUUAAGCUUGUUGGAACACCAAUCUCUAUGCUUUCUACUGCUAUGAUUAGGUAGUGUGGUGCUGUUAUGUAUCCACACAGAAGACCUUGUGUAUGGGUUAAGUUAUGUAUCAUAUAAAGGCUUGUCCAUUUAACAUAUGAAAUAAGAAAUACAUUGAUUGGAAUAA